UUUCGAACCAACUUCAAUCACUCAACUAUGUUGUAUCUCGCGCUAAGCGCGACUACGGUCAUUGCUAUUCUUGUUGUCCACAGGCUCUUCACCUGGCAGAGAAACUUCGGGGUCGCGAAAUCGGCCGGUUUCCCAACUUUCUAUUCUCCAGUUCAUACCCAGGAAAUAUGGUGGCUUGCGAUACAAGGUUGGAUCGGCCCGUAUAUUGAAAGACUUCCUCGUACUUGGACUAGACCAUGGCUUCCAUUUGCUAGGUUGUGGAGACUCUGGCAUGUUGGGCAUGAACCAUUUUCGGAAGUCGGGAGUGAUACAUUACUGCUGGCUUCUCCUAGCGGCAAUACACUCUGGACGUGCGAUGCUAUGAUUGCGAAGCAACUUUAUUCGUCACCGACAGUACAAACCCCAGUGGAAUCCUUGAAAUUCUUGAAUAUCUGGGGCCCAUCGAUCUCCACGGUUGAAGGGCAAGAGUGGAGGGCUCACCGAAGAGCGGUCACUAAUGGGUUCAAUUCAUUCACUUACGAGAUGGCAUGGGAGGAAGCUGUCUUCCAGACCAUCGGGUUGGUCGAAAGUUGGAAGAACGAUGAGAACAAUUCCAUGGUAUCGAAUGUACAACACUGGACUUUACGACACGCGUUGCACGUGUUGUCCGGCGUGCUUUUCAAUCAAAGAAUAAUGUGGCAAACAGAAUCUAGGAAAGAAAUGAAUCAGCCGAGGGGUAAUGAUCGACAGAGCUUCUCAAACGCUUUGAUCACGGUCGUCUCCCGAGUUGGAUUGAUAAUGGUCACGCCACGAAUCCUAUUGCGUUUACCCGUAAAGGGUCUGCAACAAGUGGGACAAGCACUGGCAGAUCUGACUUUUUAUCUAGAGUCGAUGAGAGCCAGUACAGUGAAGGAAUCGGAGAUUAUCAUGGCACAAUCCAGAAAGAGUCUUCUAGAAUCUAUCGUUCUGGCCGGAGAAUUUGAUGCUGGUAAUUCUGACUCUCCACACAACUCGCUUCCAAAGGAUAGCAUUCUAGGUGAUAUCUUUGUCACUCUUCUGGCAGGUCAUGAUACGACAGGAAAUACACUCGCCUUCACUAUUCUGUUACUAGCCGUUUAUCCAGAACACCAAGAGAGCAUACAAGCGGAGCUGGACGAGAUACUGGGCGACCGGGCAAGCGAUCAAUGGAGUUGCGAGAAAGACUACCCAAGUCUUGAGCAAGGCAUUACGGGGGCCUUUCUGAAAGAAGUGCUUCGAUUGUAUUGUCCUAUUGAGUUUGGAAUUCGUCACACAGUUGCACCUACACAGAUCACGGAUUCAUCUGGAAAGCAACACACGAUCCCGUCCAACACUACUUGCGUGAUGAAUCUUUCAGCAGCAAGUCAGAAUCCAAGCAUCUGGCCAAGAUCAAAUAUUUCUGACGAUUCCCGACGGAAGCUACAUAAUUCUCAUGCGAUUGAUUUCAACCCAAAGCGAUGGUUAAAUGAAGUUAAAGGUACAAAACAUCAGAUGUUCUGGCCUUUUGGGAAAGGAUAUCGAAAGUGUCCAGGCCGACGUUUUGCUCAAGUCUCAAUCAUGGCUACUAUAGCAACUUUGCUCAAGAAUCACUCAAUCAGACUCGUGGUAGAUGAAAAAACUAUUCUUGCUCACGGUGGCAAUGCGGAUCAGGCACACAUGGCGACAAGAGAGAAGACCAUUUGCCAACUGGAAGAUGAAGUUGAAGUGUACUUGAAUGUCAGUAUGAAAGGCUCCGUACCGGUCGAGAUUGUGCCUCGUACACAAUUCUAAUGUGCAAGCCCUUGCUCACAUUUCACUCCAUGUUCAUGUUGUAUAAUGACUAUAUGUUUUGCUGUCGCAGCAGCAACUCUGGGAUUUGGCCAAGUCUCCCGCAUAAAGGUGAUCUUGAGAUAAGUACCGGUUAUAACUUUUCAUUGAUUGAUUAUAAAUUCGUCACCCGCAGCAUGUAUCCAUACAUGGCAUAUAAGCAAUAUUCUGAGGAUUACCUAAGUCAUCAUUUGAACGUAAGAUAUUACAUAUCCAUUUCUGUUAUGAUAAACCCAGUCAGCCCGUGUAUGGUUUUUGCGACAUGGUAGCAUGUUUUCUCGCUACUUACCUGGUCAUGGCCGCAGCACGAGGUCUCGGUAAAUGCAGUAUGGGAAGUCUAGUGCCCAACCAUUCCCCUGUCUUU